ACAGGUCUGCCACAGUGCAAGCUUCACCACACACUGCCCAGCCAACAUGCCUCAAUCCAGCCCUGAUGAAUACUCCCUGGAAUUACCAGUACCAGGAUGAAGAUUCACUAGCACUAGAUCAUGGCUACCCUCAGUUAACCAACGAAGUGCGCCCCCCAGAGCUGGUCCACGUGUCUGAGAAGAACUUGUCCGAGAUUGAAAAUGUCCAUGGAUAUGUUUCUCAUUCACAUAUUUCUCCAUUAAAGCCUCCACUGAUUACCCGUUUUGAUCUAACAUACCCAGGUCUGACUGCUGCAAACUACCUGGCAAGUUUGUUUUUAUUUGAAAAAAUGUAUUUUCUGUAUCUUUGGGGAAUUUGGGCUGUGCAAGCUUUAUGUGUGGUAACAUAUAUUAAAUACAAAGUGUUAACAUGAAAGACUGGCAUAGAUGAUAAAAAUGAUGCCCACAAUUAAUUGCUAUCCUGUUGUGUAAUGUACUAGUCAGUAUAUUAGUUAUGUAAAUAUCUAGAGUGUUAUUGAGUUUUAAAUGUCUUGUGUGACGUACCAUUAUUUCAUAGUGUUGGUGUUGAAUUAGCAAUUAUCACUUAUCUUAAGAGAAAUUAUAAUUGCUGUAGUAGUUGUACUGUAAAAUCAGUUACCGUAUUUCUGUUGGGCUGACUUGUGCAAUUCUGCCAUGCAUCUGACUGUCCCAGAACAUGCAAUUAAAAAUGUAGGAUACUUCUAACAACUGUCAGGAUUUAACUGGCGAAAGUGUUUGUCGCAAGGUUUCCUUGCCAGUCGAUAAUGCCAGAAUGCUUACAUUAUCCUCCUGCAAUCCAAUAUUUUUCUGAUACAUUGUUAAGCCUGCAUUUACUGACAGACUGACGUGUCCUGCCCCUCCCUACCUGCCAUAUAGUCUUGUGCAUCUUACCUUGAAGGAUGCCAAAAUAACUCUGCUUAUGUGGUUUGCAAAGUGAGAGAGAUGCUAGCUUCUCUGGCUGAUAUGUAUUCUCUGCUCUUUUAACCCCAAGUAGAAUAUGUUAUCUUGAAGUCUGGGUAUUCGAGACAGAUUGUUUAAAUGUGUAUUAAAUAUCUUUAGUUAGUACAGUAAUACAUUUAUUUUCUGCUAGUAAUUAAGUUUCCAACAUUCAGAGGAUAUUGAGAAGCAUGAUUCAUUCAUUUGAUCGAAUUUAACAACCAGAGAAAGAUUUUUCAUACUGUACAUGAGUCAUGCAGCGUGGAGUGCCUAUGCAUCCUUCAAUUUGUAUCCCUGCACUUGGACCUCAUGUAAAAAAUGACUUUAAUAAAAUAAAGCACUGAAGCAA